UAACCCUUCCCGGGACUGAAGUGUCAAGGGAUUGCGCUGGCCGCUCCGGCUGAAACUGGUUCUUCGGACCCUCCCACGCCUCCCGGUGCGGACACAGGGCUGACAGCGUCUCCAUUCCACCCCGUGAUUCCGGGUGGAGACUCAGAAGUGUCCGUCCAACUUUCCCGAGGCCGGAGGCUACUCGAAGCCGGUCCCGCCAUGGCUGUAGCUGCGCUGGGCUGGACUUGAGAGCGCACAGGGCUGGCCUCCCUGCCGUCCCGCUCGCCCCGGCCCGCAGAUGUCGCUGCCCCUGCGGCUUCCCUAUUGCUCUCCCGCGCGGCGGCUGCGCGCCGCGCUCCUGUACCCCUACUUCCGUGCCCCUGCCACUCCCCCGCCGUCCCCAGCCUACUCGCAGGAGCCCGACUCCGAACUUGAAGGCUGCACGCCCGAGAGCUACCCGGAGGAGGAGGCCAGGCACUAUGAGGGCGGCCGCUGGGGGCGCGUGAUGAGCGGCCCUCCGAGCUGCCCUCCAACCUCGCAGCCCUGGCACCGGCAGCCCCCGCCCCCGCCUCCCCCGCCCCCGCACAUCGCGGCCCCGGAUCCUCCCCCGGCCAGCCCCCAGGUCGCGGUGCCUUGGCGCUCGCACUCCAUCCGCCCCACGGUGCUGGGCCGCCGGCCCUCAGUGGCGCAGGGCCCUAGGCGAGCCAAGGAGCGCCAACCUGGAACAGCAAGUGCAGGCGGGAAGGAACAGGAGUUGAGGGUGAGCAGCCAGACUGAGUGGCGCUUGAGGAGCCUGGAAGAGCCGACGCUAGAGGCUCUGGUUCCUAGAACUUGGCCUAUUGGUGGGGUCUCUGGUCGCAGCAUGUGUCCUGGGAAGAGGAAUGGGAAGCUGAGCAGGCCUGCCUGGGCCUCUCCAGAAAAAUAUCAGGGAAGCUGCAGAAGAGUGACCCUGGACUUCAAAGUAGUGGAAAAGCCCAGAUGAACUAUGACGAAGAUGAAUCCUAAAGCAGUAGAGCUUUUUAUACCUCCCUACCCUGUCCUAGCUCAGAGAGGAAGACCAAAAUGUGAAGUAAUUGAAGUGGAAUAAAACAUUAUCAGCUCUG